GUUGCAAGUAUUUUGGUUUUUCUUUUUGAAUUUAGAUGUUUAUAUAUAGAACAUCUGCUUUUAGUUGAGUGAAAAUUGCCCACACAGCGUGCUUGCUUUUCCGACUGACCAUUUUCUACCGUGUGUGUGUGUUGUGAGCUAACAAGAUCGAGAAGUUUCUGUGUUCUGGCAAGCAGAAUUUAGGACAAAACGUGAGACACUAAGGUUGCAACUUUAAUUAUGACAAAUACAAUCAGCAGUGAGGAAUCCUCAGCCACUGGUUUUAAGGACAAAGGCAACGAGGCAUUCAAGGCAGGCAAAUGGGAGGAUGCAGUGCUGCAAUAUGGUCUGGCAAUCAAAUUGGGAGCACAGCAGCAACACAAAGAGUUGCCUGUUUUCUAUAAAAAUCGUGCAGCGGCCUAUUUGAAACUGGAGCAGUACGACAAAGCUGCGGACGACUGUACAGAGUCGUUGCGUAUGUCCCCAAAUGACCCAAAAGCACUCUACCGCCGCGCAACGGCAUAUGAGGCGUUGGAUAAAGUCGAAGAGGCCUACAAAGAUGCCACCAAUAUAUUCAAAUCUGACCCAGGCAAUAAAAUUGUGCAGCCAAUACUCCACAGACUACAUUUGGUAGUGGAGGAACGCGGGGCUCGUAAUGCCAAAACAUCGACCAAGGUGAAGCAGAUGAUGGAGCUGACAUUUGACUUUGGCGCCCCCAUUGAGAAGCGUCGCUCGGCUGCCAAUAACUUGGUGGUUCUAGCCAAGGAAUCAACUGGAGCAGAACUUCUCUUCAAGGAGCAGUGUGUCGCGAAAGUGGCCACAUUGGCUAAAUUGGAAAAAGAUGCAGAUAUCUAUGUGAACAUGGUACGAGUGGUGGCCGCUCUCUGUGAUCAGAAUGUGGAACGCACUAAGGCAGUGCUCCAGGAGCUGGGCAUUCCAUGGUUCAUGCGUGUUCUUGACCAGAAACACGAGGAUUGUGUGGCCACUGCCCAAUAUUGCCUGCAGACGAUCAUCAAUGCAUUGUCUGGAUUGAAGAAUAAACCCGAUUCCAAACCGAACAAAGAGCUGUGCUCGAAAAACAAUCGAGAGAUCGAUACUCUGCUCACCUGUAUGGUCUAUAGCAUUACGGAUCGCACUAUAUCGGGACCCGCUCGAGAUGCAAUAAUUGAACUUAUCACUAGAAAUGUCCACUACUCGGCUUUGGAGUGGGCCGAACGCCUAGUGGAGAUUAGGGGUCUGUGCCGUUUACUUGAGGUUUGCUCAGAAUUGGACGACUACAAGUAUGAAAGUGCCAUGGAAAUUACAUCGUCCACGCCGACAAUUGCUUCAGUAUGUCUGGCCAGAAUCUAUGAGAAUAUGUACUACGAUGAGGCCAAGCAACGCUUCACAGACCAAAUCGAUGAGUUUAUCAAAGAUAAGCUAUUGUCACCUGAUAUGGAGUCCAAGGUGCGUGUCACGGUAGCCAUUACCUCACUCCUGAGUGGUCCCCUAGAUGUGGGCAAUCAAAUUAUUGCCAGAGAUGGAAUUCUUCAAAUGAUCCUGGCUAUGGCCACCACGGAUGACAUGUUGCAGCAGCGUGUGGCCUGCGAGUGCCUCAUCGCGGCGUCCUCAAAGAAGGACAAAGCCAAAGCCUUGUGUGAACAGGGAGUGGAUAUAUUAAAGAGACUAUAUCACUCAAAAAAUGACGCAAUUCGUGUGCGAGCUUUGGUCGGUCUGUGUAAAUUGGGCAGCUAUGGAGGUCAGGAUGCUGCCAUAAGACCCUUUGGCGAUGGUGCAGCCCUAAAGCUGGCCGAAGCGUGUCGCAGAUUCCUUAUCAAGCCUGGCAAAGACAAGGACAUUCGUCGUUGGGCUGCCGAUGGCCUUGCCUAUCUUACUUUGGAUGCCGAGUGCAAGGAGAAACUGAUCGAGGACAAGGAAUCAAUACAUGCCCUCAUGGAUUUGGCUCGUGCCGGGGAUCAGUCAUGCUUGUAUGGUGUGGUUACCACCUAUGUGAAUCUUUGCAAUGCUUACGAGAAGCAGGAAUUGCUGCCCGAGAUGGUGGAACUUGCCAAAUUUGCCAAGCAUCAUAUACCCGAAGAACAUGAACUGGACGAUGUGGAUUUCAUAAACAAACGUAUAACAGUUCUGGCCAACGAGGGCAUUACCACGGCCCUGUGCUCUCUGGCCAAGACCGAAAGUCACAAUUCCCAGGAAUUGAUAGCCAGAGUGCUGAAUGCCGUUUGCGGCCUGCGCGAACUGAGGGGAAAAGUGGUCCAGGAUGGUGGCGUCAAGACAUUGUUGCGCCUUGCCUUGGAGGGCACCGACAAGGGUAAACGUCACGCUUGCCAGGCUCUGGCCAGAAUUGGCAUUACCAUUAACCCAGAGGUGGCAUUCAGUGGACAACGUUCAUUGGAUGUUAUACGUCCGCUGCUGAACCUUUUGCACCAAGACUGCACGGCCCUGGAGAACUUUGAAUCGCUCAUGGGUCUUACCAAUUUGGCCAGCAUGAAUGAGAGUGUGCGACAACGCAUCAUUAAGGAGCAGGGAUUAUCGAAAAUUGAGUUCUAUCUCAUGGAGGAUCAUCUAUAUCUCACAAGGGCGGCAGCACAAUGUCUAUGCAACCUGGUUAUGUCCGAAGAUGUGGUCACUAUGUUCGAAGGCGAAAAUGAUCGUGUGAAAUUUUUGGCUCUUCUUUGCGAGGAUGAGGACGAAGAGACGGCCAUGGCGUGUGCCGGUGCCUUGGCCAUACUCACCUCGGUUUCGGCCAAGUGUUGCAAAAAGAUAUUGGCCAUUGCCAGUUGGCUGGAUGUUUUGCACACUCUAAUUGCCAAUCCAAGUCCAGCAGUUCAACAUCGUGGCAUUGUGGUAAUUCUCAACAUUAUUAAUGCCGGCGAAGAGUUUGCAAAGAAACUCUUCGACACAGACAUCAUGGAACUACUCAGUGGUCUUGGCCAGCUGCCAGACGAGACGCGCUCCAAGGCCCGAGAGGUGGCUAUUCAGUGCCUGGCCGCUGCAGAGAAAUAUCGCAUCAUCGAGAGAUCUGAUGAGGCCGAGAUUCCCGAUGUCUUUAAAGAGAGUGCCAAAAUCACCGAAAUCACAGAAGAAGAUUAAUUUUUAACAUCGUUUUAAAUCAUUUUUAUAAUAUUGCCUUCAUCUGCCAUCUAAUUACUUUUCAAAGUGUACUUAAAAAUGUCUUCUCUAAUUUAAUUGUACGAAUUUAUUUAUUAAAUUCCAUUAAAAAGUGUUUUGUUUUUCAAACUGAA